CUUCUCUUCCACAUCUCCUAUCAAAAAGUUCUCAUCCUGGGCCAUCCCUUCCAAAGUGAACAUGACUCUAAUGGACACCGGAGAGUCGCUGCCUUGGUAGAGGCUAUGGAGUCUAUUGCUGCAGCAUUUCCGAUGCCAAAACUUGAUCAACUCGCUCUUCCUCAACUCAACCCAGUGGCAAUGGAGAACUGGGGACUGAAUACUUACAGGGAGGUGAAUAUGCUUUAUGAGGAAGGACGUUCUGCACCAAAAGCGAGACAGGACAUUCCACGCUUUACUGCUCAUGAGGUGUGCCAUCACUGGGUGGGAAAUCUCGUCAGGCUGCAGUGGUGGGACUGGCUCUGGAUAUCGGAGAUGUACGCCAUGUAUUACGAAUACUACCUUCCUUCUAAGAUAGAGCCUUCCUGGAGAAUGCUGGAUCAAAUGAUUGUUGAGCUGUAUAUCCCUGGACUCCUGGAAGAUUCAUUCAACAGCUCGAGGCCACUAACUACCAGGGUGUCCUCCAACCAAGAGAUCUUGGCCAAGUUCUCAGGGGUCAUUUACACCAAAGGUCCAGCUCUAAUUCAUAUGAUCAACAAUUUCAUGACACCCUCGCGAGCUGAGAAAGCCUUGAGGUUACUUCUACAGGAGAAGAAGUAUGAGACCAUUGAUCCUUCAGACCUGUGGCGGAUUUAUGAUCGGAAAGCUGAAGAUUUACCGGCAGACAUGGCAACUAUCAUGGGAACGUGGACAGACCAACCAGGGUACCCCUUGUUCACUGCUGUGGCGAACGAAAGGUUCCUCACAGAAGGAGUAUCCAGCGACUCACAUCUGUGGUGGAUUCCGAUCACGUAUACGACUGGACUGAGACCAAACUUCACAAAUGCUCCCACACGGUUGUGGCUCUCUCCUUGGAAACCAAUUACCACGGUAAAAUUGGGCCCUCGGAUCGAUUCUUGGCUGAUCUUCAACGUCCGACACAUAGGUUUUUACCGAGUAAACUACGACCACGAAAACUGGCAGAAACUGAUUGACGCACUCCACUCUGACCCUGCUGGUAUUCACGAGCUGAACCGAGUGCAGUUGUUGGAUGACAGUCUGUCUCUAGCGCGCGCUGGACGGUUGUCCUACACAGUGCCUCUUAGACUAAUGGAGUACAUGGCACGUGAAGGCUGCUACUUACCUUGGGCCGCCGUUUUACCUUCCGUCAAUUUUCUGCUGAGUAGACUCAACGGACUUCCCACCUACAAUGAUUUUAGGGAGUACCUCAGAGAACUGAUUGCUCCAACGUACGAUUCUGUGGGUUUCUAUCUGAGACCGUCAGAUCCUCACCUUCUCCAGAUGCACAGGGUACAAGUGGUCACCCUAGCUUGUUCUGUAGGUCUUCCGUCUUGCAUCACUGAGGCACGACGGCAAGAACAAUUCAUCAGUCAAAACAAAACACCUGAGAUAGCUGCAGGGCUGGAAUUUGUCCAACUGUGCUCAGUGCUGGAGACUGGAGUGUCCCCAGACGACUUGUUCCAUCAGCUGACGGUCUGGGGGCCAAACGACCAGCUCAGAGCCAUGCCCUGUACUUCAAAUAAGACUUUACUGAUCAGGUAUCUGACUACAAGCCUGAUGGGGGACUCGGCUGCCGAUUGGGAAGCCAAGCUGAUGGCAGCUGUGAGCCGGCUGCCCAACGUCGAUACCGUCUUCACCCUCCUGGUAGACCGAUACUCAACUCUACUUGAACGAUUUGGUACAAAAAAUACGUCUACAUACUUUACACGAGUGGGAAGUUUGCUAACAACUAAUGCUCAACUAGCAAAGGUGGAAGCUCUGAGGGCUAAAGUGGUGAAUGAAGAAGUGACUGCGGCUUUAAGAACUGUAUCUUCGGGUCUGCUUGACCGUCUUAGGUGGAGUGAAACCCACUCCCCUACCAUCCAGUCUUGGUUGAACCAUCACAAAACAAACAAAAUAAAGAAAGUUCAAGGUUCGUUGAUAGAAUGUUUUUGAUAUUUUUGUAAAAUUUGUUUGACUGAAUAAUGAGUAAAAUUCGUUUACCCUGUUUUUGA